AUGGAAUGCUUGAGGGAGAAGUUUGUCGGAGGCGUCCUCCUUGAUGGACGCUUCCAAACCAUAUCCCCGUUGAACCACGGCUCCUUCGGCAUGGUUUUCAUGGCUCAAGAUCUCCUAACCAACCAGCCUGUGGCCAUGAAGUGCGUCACCAAGAAAUCGACGUCUGGCGAAGCCGGGCUCGACUUUGCCGUUGACGACAAAUCCGAGGAGCUUGUUCUGCACCGGAGCCUUGGUUCGCACCCGAACAUUGUCAACCUCAUCCACCACUUUGAGACGGACGCCCAUUUGUACCUGGUCAUGGAGUUCUGUUCCCAAGGUGACCUCUACGAGGCAAUCCGGCACGGCCACGGACCCUUGCAGACGGAGCAUGUUCGCCAGUUCAUGCUGGAACUCGUCGAUGCCGUCUCCUACAUUCACUCCAAGGGCAUCUACCACCGCGACAUCAAGCCGGAGAACAUCUUCCUCACCCAGGACGGCGCCAUGAAGCUCGGCGACUUCGGCUUGGCCACGACUGACAAAUGGUCCUACGAGAUGACGGUGGGCAGUGAUCGUUACAUGGCGCCGGAGCAGUUCGACUCCGCGGGGGCUGGGUAUUCGCCUGCCUCUGCUGAUAUUUGGGCCAUCGGCAUCUGCUUGCUCAACAUUCUCUUCUCGCGGAACCCCUUCACCACGCCGACGGAAGCCGACCCGCUGUUUCUCGACUUCUCGCGCGACAAGCAGAGCCUCUUCGACGUGUUUCCCGACAUGUCGCAGGAUACAUACGAGGUGAUUGUUCAGUGCAUGAAUCUGGACCCGAAGAAGCGAUCUUUGGUCGGCGCGCGCGACGCCCUCCGCCGCGUCGUGAGCUUCACCACCGACGACGAGUCUCUUGACGACUUCUGCGGAGCCGAGAAGGCGACUGUGGCAUCGGCCAACCGCGAGCCCCUCCGCACGCCAUCCAUCCAAAGCCCCCACCCCGAUGCCGGGGCCUUCCCGUGGGCCAAGGCGUUGCGUGCGAGCUCCAACCACCCCGGCCGCAAGCUCAGUGCGAUACCUGAUGACGAGAGCUACACCGAGGACCUCUUCUCCAAGUCUGGCGGGACUGUCGAUUGGUGCUCCGCCAGCGCACAGACUCCGUCGAUGGCGUCGAUUCCCGGUUCCCAGCUUGGCCUGGCCAUGAAGUCUCUUGCGAUCAAUCCCCUUCGAUUCCCCAAGGUCUCGCCGACGGCCGGGUCGCUACCCAUCAACAUGGGCAAGCCGCUCGCUCCAUCCAUGUCGAUGAUCUUUGGUCGUGGCAAGGAUACCGUGUCCAAGAGCUGGAGUGACAUGUGGGACGAGGAUGAAGAACAGGAACUUGAGCGGCAGCUGGAGUCUCUCCAAGCGCUCAACUCGAGGACCUGGAGCCAUGAGAGCCGAGAAGCUGUCAAGCAGGCGGACAAGCCGGAGCCCGAGUCUUCGCACAGGAUCGAAGGCGACGUCGACGAUGAUUUGGUCGCCGACGGCUUCUUCUUCCAGGAUGCCUCGAGCAAGAAAUCCCCGCCUGCCACGCCUCGCUAUUCACCGCCGCCAAGACGAUUCCGGUUCGACAAGUGGGCAGCCCUCGGCGAGCGCCGCCGACGUCAAGCCUCGACGGUGGAGUCGGACGAAACUCUAGGCUUGAAAAGUCAUCAAAUUGGGUUUGGAUAUAAGUCGUACGACGCGGGCGUUUGGGAUCAACCUUUCUCCCAGAAAACCAACAACAAUAACUACAACAACCACCAUUCAAUCAAGGGCUCGGGCAGAGACCGAGCGAAGGAAUGCCCCCGAAACCAUGCAAGAGAUUGGAACUGGCGCCGCAACAAGCGUCUCGAUCUCGGGGAUCUCGAGUGGGUUGGUGGAUGGUAG